GCACAGCAGUCUCUGAACUCACGCUGGGUUGUUCGCUGGAGUUGGAUGUAGUCCAGUUUAUUGUCAAGGGAACAGACGUUUGCCAGAAAGAGCGAUGGUAUAGCCGGCCGGCUAGGACUAGCCUUUAGCCUCGCGUGGAUCCCGGCUCUCUUUCCGUGCUUCCGCUUACGCUCGCACCGCUUGCGAUGGCACUUCCGUUGUGCUCCGGCGUCAGGAAACACCGCGGGCUGGCGGUCUGGGUCUCUUAGCAGGCUAAGCUCAAGUAGCGUCUGCAGAACCUCAUCCGGUAGCGUGUUUUCUGGCUGAUUUCUCCACUGUAGCAGGGUCUGGCGGUGGUAGAACAUGUGCACGGGUGUUCCGAUGCACAUGUUUGCAGGAAAUAAACGGAAAAAACGACAAAUAGUAACACAAAAGCACCAUUUAACGGACCCGGAGCGGCCGCUGCGUGUUAACGCGCCGCCAUCUCGUGUGCAUUGUAAUAUUUUGAGCAAAACUGUGCUCUUACCCUGCUAAUUGAACCUUCACACUCUUCACACUGCAAUUAAUGAAGAUUGGCCACCAGACUGCUCCAAUUUUUCCAUGAAACCUCCCACACUAAAAUGACAGGUGUUUCAGUUUCAUUGUCUAACCCCUGUAGGUGUAACAACAUACACUCUCAUUAACAUAACGAGCCUGUCAACAGUCCAGACCUUUCACCAAUAAAAAACCUUUGGUAAAUCAUGGAAGGAAAAAUCCGGUAAAGAAGAACCAUGACUGUUGCAACAACAUUCCUCUCCCAAAACUCCAGCUACUGCUGCAGAAUAUUAGACAUGGCCCUGUCCCAACAUUUUUGAGAUGUGUUGCUGCCAUCAAGUUUUUAAUUACUUUUAACAUUUUAUUUGUUCUGUGUUCUGUUGUGAAUAAAAUAUGGGUUUAGGAGAUUCGCAAAUCAAUGCAUUGCUUUGUUACACAGGGUCAAUGGAAUUGGUGUUGUGAUUGUAUUUUAAUUGUUGUAGCUAAAAGUAAUGUCUAUGUAUAUAUAAAGACUUCAGCAGAAGUAAAUAAAAAACUCUGAAUGGUUUCCACAUCUGGCCCAUUGGGCCACAAAUAAAAUUGAUGUUGCUAUCAGGGAUAUAUGUAAUACAAUUUUUGUAUCAUGUUUUAAUGAGCUUUGUACUAAAAGCAACUUAGAAUGAAGCAGGCUUAAAUAGAUGGGGCUAAACUGCUGUAUGUCUGUAAAUCUGUGUGACAUCAGAAUAGUGGUGAUUUCAUCACUGGUUUAAUUUGCGUACAUAGACAGAGUAAACAGUGCUUUAAUCAUGUUUGCAAACUACAUUAAUACUACCUUAAUACUAUUUAACCUUUUUAAUAACCUCUAGUUCUGUCAUUAAUUAUAACUUCUGAAGACCCACAGGGUUCAGUUUUAGGGUCUAUGAAGAAGUGAUGUAUGGGCCUAGGAACAAGUUUCAAUGUUAAAAUAUUUUAUUAGAUUUCUUAUGAGUGAUAAUUGGCUAGUUAGGCACAUUUAAAUUAUUUUAUAGACAACUGAAAAUAGCAGCUGAUAGCGGUUGACGACAGCACUGUAAAUGUGUGUGUUGUGGGAUAAUCCAUUCUUCACAAGAAUAAUAACUAUAUCUGUCACUUUAAUAAUGAAUCAUAGGAAGCAGUCACAUAAUAUUAAUAACAUAAUGAUUAGCUGGAGUUUGUAAAGUCUGUAGUUCAGUAAAUGUACAGGAUGCCCAUGUUUAUAGAUAACAUUAAGUCAUGAGUGUCAACAAGACACUACUCAUCAUUACUCAUCAACACCCCUUCAUAUCAUUUCAACAUACAGACAAUUGAUUUAUGGGUAGCACUUUAAAAUAAGACUACCUUUAUAAAAUAUAUAUAAAUGGUUUGUAAAUUCGAUUAUUACUUAUUGUUGAUUAAGUUGCAAAUGCUUUAAAAAAACAUUGAUAAGCAGUUCAAACACACCAAUUAAAAAAGCAACAGCGGCAACUUAUUCAUUUAAUUUAUGGUAAAUAGUUAAACAAUACUUAUAAAUAUAUUAAUAUGGCAAGUUUAAUGCUGAUUGAUGGAAAACACAAAGUCAGUAAAAUCAGUAUCUAGAAAGAGCUGAGGUUUGACAGUAUAAGUGAGUGUGGAAUCACUACUUUGCUAAUUUUCAGCUCACUGUUGCCAUUUCUGUUUAUGUUAUAUAUUAACUGCUUAUUAUUGGGUUUUAAAGUAUUUGCAACCUAAUUCAUAAUUAUUAAUAAACUCCUUUAUUAACCAUGCAUAAACCCUUUAUAAAGGUACUCUUAUUUUAAAGUGUUACCGAUUUAUGUCUUAACAAUAAGAAAAUAUGUAAAAUUUACAGUUAAUGUUAGAUAUGCAGUUUUCUUGUAUAAUCAGUAUUUAUAAAACAUUUAUAAUUUUUUUGCAGUCAGACUAAAUCACUCCCAGCUCACACAUCUUGUCUUGACUUCCUGAUUUAUACAUUGAGCUUGAAUUGUACAUUAAAUAUUUUAAUUAAUUUUGGGGGGGGGGGUUGUUUGUUUACUCUAUUAUUACUUCCUCAGUAAUAAAAUCAGUCUUAUCUAUCUAUUGUAGUAAUUUAAAAGAAUACUUUAUGACAAUUCCAAAUGUUUUGGUCAGUUAUGUUAAAUCUAAUAUUAAGCUGCAUAAAAUAUGCAAAUAAAACUUACAAAAAUAAUAAUAAUAAAAAAAAACACAUUUGUCCUGCACACAAUUAUAGCACUUCUCUGCCUGGAAACCUGGAAGGCAGUGAGAUACACUCUAUUGCAAAAGUAUCUUGGAUGCAGCUUCUUGUCUAUGAAACCCAUUACAUUCCUCUCUUUGCUCAAUUGCUUCUUAAGCUAAUCUAAAGGCCUGAAUGGAAUCAGCUGGCUCCGCUCUGUUAUUUUACACUGACAGAGCGAGUUGCUUUAAUUCUGAGUUGCUUCCACUGUGUUGUAAUAUCACUGACAGUUGGCUGUGGAAUAUUUAGGAGUGAGGAAAUCUCACAAUUGGACUUGUUGCACAGGCAACAUCCUACCAUGGUUCUAUUCUGGAGUUUACUAAAAGUGACCCAUUCUUUCACUAAUGCUUAUAGAAGCAUUCUGCACUUGGUUUUGUAGAUCUGAAGAAAGUCAGAAAGUCUUUAUGACUGCAGUGCAACAACUCUUAACAUGCAAGGGAGCAAAAGUUCCAUCUCCUUAACUAAAUGUUUAUUGAUAUAUUUUGCAUUGCAUUGUGUAAAUUAUUAAUAGUCUAGUUUUAGGCCUAUUUGUUUUAACAGUUUAAUGUUGAUAUUUCUUAAAAAUAAUUGAAACACUGAAAUGCAUCCAGUAAUAUGCAUUAUAUAUAGGAAAAAAUAUUUGUAGUUUAAGCAGUUUAAUAAAUAAUUUGUUCCAACAAGAUCCAAAAGAUGGAGCCUCUUAUCAGGGCAGUAGGAAAGAAUCCUGACUUCAAGCAUUUAUUAAAAGUGCUCGAGCAUGAUUAUAAUGAAGUUCCACUUUUAUUAUGAAGGUGAAAGGUGCCUCUAUACAUAUUUUUUUUUUCACCAACCAUACCGAAACCCAAAAGCGUAUCGAAAACGUGCCAAAAAUGUACCGAACCGUGGGGUUUAUACCGAGGUGUGAACCGAACUGUGAAUUUUCUGUACUGUUACACUCCUAGAAAAUACUGUAGUUUUAACUGGACUGUCACUUUAAGUACACUGUCCUCAGUGUGCUGCUCCAGCAGGUGACAGGGAGGGACUGUAUGGGGGCACCUUAAGCAGCACUAUAUAAAGCAGACAGUGGGACAUUUACAGGGUGUGUGUGAGAGACAGAGAGAGAGAUAGAGAGAUAAUCUCUGGUGCUGGUGGGCUGUCCACACUAACACUGUAACUCUGUAGCUCAGAGUUAAAGGCUGAGGAUUCUGUGCGCUUUUACGCACCGCACGUUUACUCAGAGUCUUACUCAGAUCUUCCCAAGUCCUCUCUCUCUCUUUCUCUGUCUGUGAGCGGCUGUGUGUUUCUCUGAGGGAGCGCUGUGGAUCAGUUUAAGAGGAUGAAGAGCGGCUACUUUCUGUUCCUCGAGCUGCUGCUCCUGUGCGUCUCCGGCGGCUCGAGCGCGUGGAUCGUGCGUAACGACACCGGCUUGGCCAGAGGAGUUAACGCGAGUGCAGCGAUCAGCGGCGCGCAGACGCAGCUCAACGCCAGUCUCCCCGGCCUGGCCAAUCUCCCCAAAUCCAGGAAAAAGCGCUACAUCUCCCAGAACGACAUGAUCGCCAUCCUGGACUACCACAACAAAGUGCGCGCCAACGUGUUCCCACCUGCAGCCAACAUGGAGUACAUGGUGUGGGACGAGUCACUGGCUCGGUCAGCAGAGGCGUGGGCAGCCGCCUGUAUCUGGGAUCAUGGACCACCCUACCUUCUCCGAUAUCUGGGCCAAAAUCUCUCCGUCAGGACUGGAAACUACCGCUCUAUCCUUCAGCUGGUUAAGCCCUGGUAUGAUGAAGUGAAGGAUUACGUCUUUCCGUAUCCCAGAGACUGUAACCCCAGGUGCCCGAUGCGCUGCUACGGACCCAUGUGUACACAUUAUACACAAAUGGUCUGGGCGACAUCAAACCGUGUCGGCUGUGCAAUUAACGUGUGCUACAACAUGGUGGUGUGGGGCUCCGUCUGGAGGGAGGCCACCUACCUGGUCUGCAAUUAUUCUCCCAAGGGGAACUGGAUCGGAGAAGCUCCCUACAAAGUGGGCGCGCCAUGUUCAGCGUGCCCCCCAAGCUACGGAGGCUCAUGCAGCAACAACAUGUGCUUCCCUGGCAUUAACUCAAACUUUAUGUACUGGUUUAAGUAAGCUGUCUGUUUCUUAUAUCAUCAGAUAAGUGUUUAUGACACCAAGUUCUGAAAAUUUGCUGGAGCAUUUAGUGUUGGAGAUAAAUUCAUUCAGAGUGGGUUUUGGUGGUAAAAUAGACUCAGCAGACUCAGGCGCUGACCCAGGUCAUGCUGCUUCACCUUUAGCUGCUGGAGCGAGAAAGCACAACUUUCAAGCUUUCUCUGGGUGGGUAGGUGGCGCAGCUGAUGCCUUUUUUUAAGAAAAAAAAAAACAAUCUAUUUUUAGGUUUAAACUGUUUAGGUGUUUGUUUUAAUUCACGACCACUGUGAACAAUCAUGACAAGUUAAUUCUAACGUUCCUCAAGUUCUUUAACAUUUAACCCACUCUGAAUAAUAAUAAUACAGCAACAUUCCUUGUGUAGAGUUUUCAAUGUAAAAUUUAAGAUUUUCUUUGGACUAUUUUAUGACUUUUCUUUGUAUGGGCCAUCAUAUUGAUGCUUUAAAUAAUUUUUUUAUUAAGUUUU